GAUUGGGCCUGAUACCGGGCCCGAAUUAUAUUUAAAGAUCUCGAUUAUUAACCAAGUCAACGAUUUUUUUACCAAGUCAACGAUUUUUUAAAAUAAUCGGUGAUUAGGCGGAAAAAAAUCGGUUACCGCCUAAACCGACCGCCUACCCUGAAAUCGCGGCGGUAUGCCCCGAUUAAUUGUCUAGGCGGGUGAUUUUUUGAACACGGGAUAAGCUUAGAAUAACGGGCCCCACAACUCUUAUAAACGGCGCCUUGGACUAUACUCUAUGGAUAGGAUAGGACAUGAAAGCUGAAACAAAAAAAGAAGCUCUUCAGUCACAUGUUCUUAGUUUGAUUUCGAUGUGAUGACUUUGUGGGUAUAAUUUGGUUUCUAUAGUUUUGGGUUUUUCUGUUUUCCCCUUUAGGAAUCUGGCUCCUGUUCGAUCAUGGCUUUUUUUUCUUUUUUCUUUUUUUUGGUUCCUCCUGUUAAAAAUUCGUUGCUUUGUCGUAAAAUUUCCCUUUUUUAGCUUAUGCCUGCGACGUGUUUGCGUAUAUUUCGUAGAGAACCUGAAGCUUGCUGAAAGAGACAAGAGAACUUCUCACUGUUGAACUGAUUCUUGUCUGGAAGGUGGAUUGAUCUCUAUUCUUCUCAUCCUCAAUGGCUUGAAGAGCUAUUUGAUUAAAAGAGAUGGUUCUAGCUCUAACAGGAAUUUUCUGAACUGUUCCUUAGUUUGAUUGCAUUGUCUCCAUGGCACUGCGCAUUGACCCAUAUAUGGCUGUAACGGCAUUGAUUGUGGCCGUUCUGGUGGUUCCAAUGUGUUGCCAAAGGCCUCAAGUGGUGAAACUCGGUGCUGUUUUCGCAUUUGAUUCGGUUAUUGGAAAAGCUGCAAAAAUAGCUCUCGAGGCAGCUGUCUCUGAUGUGAACGCAGACACAAGCGUUCUCAGAGAAACUGAGCUACGGCUGCUCAUGGAGGACUCUUCCUGCAAUGUCUUUCAUGGGUCCUUCGGAGCUUUUCAAGUGCUUGAGAAAGAAGUGGUGGCUAUGAUCGGUCCAAUUUCAUCCUCCAUCGCUCAUACAUUGUCAGAUGUUGCCAAAGGGCUCCAGUUCCCUCUCGUCUCAUUUGCAGCAACUGAUCCAACUCUCUCUGCCCUCCAAUUUCCCUUCUUUCUUCGGACUACACCUGAUGAUGCCCACCAGAUGUCUGCCCUUGUGGAUCUUAUCAAUUACCAUGGAUGGAAAGAGGUGAUAUCGGUUUACUCAGAUGAUGAACUCGGUAGAAAUGGAGUUUCUGCUCUAGAUGAUGAACUCUACAAGAAAAGAUCCAGAAUUUCCUAUAAAGUGCCACUUUCUGUGCAUUUUGAUGAAAAAUCCAUUACUGAUGCUUUGAAAAAAUCCAAGUCCCUUGGUCCUCGAGUCUAUAUUCUUCACUUUGGCCCUGCCCCAUUGCUCAAAAUUUUUAGUAUAGCGCAAAAGCUGCGGAUGAUGACCCAUGAAUACGUGUGGCUAGCCACCGACUGGCUCUCAGUUACCUUAGAUUCUUCUUUGAUUGACAAAGGUAAAUUAAAACGUCUUGAAGGAGUAGUGGGCCUUCGUCAACACAUCCCAGAAUCCGUAAAGAUGCACCAAUUCACUCAAAAACUGAAGAGUAACAGAUCAAUGAAUGCCUACGCAUUCCAUGCCUAUGAUACAGUGUGGAUGAUUGCAUACGGCAUCGAGAAAUUGCUGAAUGAAAGAAUCAACAUAACGUUCUCCUACUCCGAGAAGUUAAUUCAUGCACAAGGUGAUAAACUGCACCUGGAGAGAGUCAAAAUUUUUGACAGCGGGAAGUUACUACUUAAGAAACUUCUGCAGGUGAACUUCACUGGUAUAGCUGGUCAAGUUCAGUUUGGUUCUGGUCGAAAUGUCAUCAGCUGUGACUAUGAAAUUAUCAAUGUAGACAAAGCUGGUGUUCAUACUGUGGGUUUCUGGUCGAAAAAUGGAGGCUUUUCGGUUGUAACCCCAGAAACUCGACAAAGACAAAAGAAGACUGCCUUGGUUUCUGAUGAAAAACUUGGUAACAUAACCUGGCCAGGUGGUGGCCAUGAAAAGCCGCGUGGUUGGGUCAUUGCAGAUUCCGCAAAUCCGUUGAAGAUUGUUGUCCCAAAAAGAGUGAGCUUUGUUGAGUUUGUGACCGAAGAAAAGAACAGUAGCCAUCAGAUCAAAGGAUUUUGCAUCGACAUCUUCAUUGAAGCAUUGAAGUUCGUCCCUUACAGUGUUCCUUACAUAUUUGAGUCAUUCGGGAAUGGCAAUUCAAGUCCUAACUACAACCAGCUUAUUCAAAUGGUCGCAGAUGGCGUAUAUGAUGCAGCUGUUGGGGAUAUUGCUAUAAUCCCAACUCGAUCCAAAUUAGUAGAUUUUUCGCAGCCAUAUGCAUCCACAGGCCUUGUGGUGGUAAUCCCAACUAACGACGACAAUGCCACUUGGAUCUUUCUGAGACCUUUCACCAUUAGGUUAUGGUGUGUUGUUCUAGCCUCAUUCCUGGUUAUUGCCGUAGUCAUCUGGAUCCUCGAACAUCGCAUCAAUGAAGAUUUCAGAGGGCCACCUCGAAGACAACUUAGCACAAUGAUCUUGUUCAGCUUCUCAACUCUUUUCAAGAGAAAUCAGGAAGAUACGAUAAGCAAUCUAGCUAGACUAGUGAUGAUUGUAUGGCUCUUCCUAUUGAUGGUUCUUACCGCUAGCUACACAGCGAACCUCACCUCAAUCCUCACAGUUCAACAGCUUCCCUCUGCCAUUACCGGCAUCGACAGCUUGCGGGCAAGUCAGGUGCCUAUCGGUUACCAGCCUGGGACGUUCACUGUAGAGUACUUAACUUACAGUCUUGGCAUGGCUCGGUCUAGACUGGUCCCACUUGACUCGACUGAGGAGUAUGAAAGGGCUCUAAAGCUAGGACCAACCGCUGUGGGAGGCGUAGCUGCGAUUGUUGACGAGCUCCCUUACAUUGAACUGUUUUUAGCGGAUCGGACGGGUUUCAAGAUUGUAGGAGAGCCUUUUAUGCACCGUGGUUGGGGAUUUGCGUUUAAGAGAGAUUCUCCACUGGCUAUAGACAUGUCAACAGCGAUCUUGAAACUCUCUGAAACGAGAAAAUUACAAGACAUUCGGAAGAAAUGGUUAUGCAAGACGAAUUGCGCAGAGAAAUCAGACUGGAACCCAGAGCCAAACCAGCUUCAUCUUAAGAGCUUCAAAGGGUUGUACCUUGUCUGCAUUGCAAUCACGGUCUCUGCGUUUUUGGUGUUUGUUCUCAGGAUGAUACGCCAGUUCGUACGGUACAGACGGAUGGAGAGGACAAGCUCGACGCCGCGUGCUUCUUGGUCGUCUUCUCCUACGAUGCGGUUAAGGGAAUUGGUGUUUGAUUUCGUGGAGUUUGUGGAUGAGAAAGAAGAAGCUAUCAAGAGAAUGUUUAGAAGGAAUGAUGACAUCAACAACACAUCUCAUGUUGUGGAAGUCCAAGCUGAUUCUGAAGUACGACAAAGUUAAUUAGUAGUUUCCACUCUAUAUAUAGAAACAAAGUUGUAAUGUAAUUAGAUAAGAGCUAACAUGUAAGUCAAUAUUCGAUUCUCUAUUCAUUAGAUUUGAUUGUAACUUAGCAACAUAAAAAGCUGGUUAGAGCCAAUGAUUAUUACCAUGAUUAUAG